CUCAAAAUAUCUGACGGACCAAGAAGAGUCGUGUCUACGAAAGCUACAUCCCCUCUCUCUCUCUCUCUCUCUCAACAGCUCGCAGCUCCUCAACACUCUUUUCUCUAGAUUGCAGCACAGCAGCUCUGUGUGAACGCACUCUGAAUCAGAGAGUAGUCAGUAUCAAAUGGCUUUGCCGAGCCAACAGACUGUUGAUUACCCGAGCUUCAAGCUCGUCAUUGUUGGUGAUGGUGGAACUGGGAAAACAACAUUUGUGAAGAGGCAUCUCACUGGUGAAUUUGAAAAGAAGUACGAACCAACCAUUGGUGUUGAAGUUCACCCUUUGGACUUCUUCACAAACUGUGGCAAAAUCAGAUUUUAUUGCUGGGAUACAGCCGGGCAAGAGAAAUUUGGUGGCCUUAGAGAUGGUUACUACAUCCAUGGGCAAUGUGCAAUCAUCAUGUUUGAUGUUACUGCCCGGUUGACCUACAAGAAUGUUCCCACUUGGCACCGAGAUUUAUGCAGGGUCUGUGAGAAUAUACCCAUUGUUCUUUGUGGAAACAAGGUUGAUGUGAAGAACAGGCAGGUCAAGGCAAAGCAGGUUACAUUCCACAGGAAGAAGAAUUUGCAGUAUUAUGAAAUCUCUGCUAAGAGCAACUACAACUUUGAAAAACCUUUCUUGUACCUUGCCAGGAAGCUUGCAGGGGAUGCCAAUCUCCAUUUUGUGGAGUCUCCUGCACUUGCUCCUCCAGAAGUGCAAAUUGACUUGGCUGCUCAGCAACAGCAUGAAGCUGAGCUUGCUGCUGCAGCUAGUCAGCCCCUUCCUGAUGAUGAUGAUGAUGCAUUUGAGUAGAGUGUUAGCUUGGAUCAAUGUUGCGGCUUAAUACGUUUUUGCCAUCCCUUUUUGUGCUUCUUCUUACUUUAUAUCUUCGCAAAAUUUCAGACACUGUUGAAGAAUUCGAGUAUUAGAAGGUGAGAAUCUAUUGUGGACCAUAUAGAUCACACUAGUUAUUGUCUUCUACCACUGUUCGUCUGUGGUGGUUGUAGUUUGUGGUAUUAUUCUUUAGGGGUUUCCAUAUGGAUGUUUUGAGUCACAUCGUUUUAAGCCUUAAAGCAUUUAACCGUCCUCUAUUAAGGUGAUGACCAACGCAGCGGCCCAUAUGCUUGAAUCAUUGUGUGAAGUGUUUGACCUAAGGAUAUCCAAGGCUUGUUGGACAUCUAUUUAUAGAUCACAUAUUGAUAUAUAUAUAUAUAUAAUUUGUAACUUAUAUA